GCCUCACCGCCCACAACAAAACUUCUUUUCUGUAACUCGGAGAAAAAGUGGAAAACAGACGGCACCUACAGAGCUCACUGAUUGUGGUACAAAGAUACACUAUAGGAGGUCAAGUUUUUUGAAUUAUUAAGUUUUGAUCUGAGAAUAUGGGGAGAGCGAAGAAACCCCAGAGAUUUGCUGUCAUGAAGAAGAUAGUUACCUCAAAGGCUAUUAAAAAUUACAAACAAGAGGUUCUGAAUCCUAACAAGAAGGACCUAACCAAGGAAAAACUUCCCAGAAAUGUGCCGAAUGUUCCUUCAGCGCUUUUCUUCAAGUAUAAUACCGCUUUGGGACCGCCAUAUCGGGUGUUGGUGGAUACCAACUUUAUCAAUUUCUCCAUUCAGAGCAAGUUGGAUCUCGAGAAGGGGAUGAUGGACUGCUUAUAUGCAAAAUGCACUCCUUGUAUCACGGAUUGUGUGAUGGCUGAGCUUGAGAAGUUAGGUCAGAAGUAUCGUGUAGCUUUGAGGAUUGCUAAGGAUCCUCGUUUUGAAAGGCUACCAUGUAUUCAUAAAGGGACAUAUGCCGAUGACUGUAUUGUUGAUAGAGUUACUCAGCAUAAAUGCUUUAUUGUUGCUACAUGUGAUCGAGACUUGAAGCGAAGAAUUCGCAAGAUUCCUGGGGUGCCAAUCAUGUACAUUACUCAACACAAGUAUUCAAUUGAGCGACUGCCCGAAGCUACAAUUGGUGGAGCUCCAAGAUUCUAAAGCUCGAAGAUAUCUACAGCGAUUCAAGGUCAUUAGCGUAAGCAUUCUUACUAUAUGGUUGAAACCUUCCUAUAGCGACAGUCAGAAACACUUUGGUUUUCGAUUGUGUAUCAGCUAAGCAAACUUGUUUAGUUCUGAAACCAAUGCAAAUUGGACUACUGUUGUUAAUUACACUGAUCCGACCAUGUUUUGAUCAUUGAAAUAAAGGCUUCGUUUGACU